AUGCUCGCUUGUUUGGCCAGGGGGAAUUUACUGGAUAUUCUUCAGGAGGGCUUCACGGAGCAACAGCUACAGGCAUAUGUGGCCUGGGUGAAUUCCCAGCUGAAGAAGAAGCCAACAAUAAAGCCAGUCCAAGACCUGAGACAAGAUCUCCGAGAUGGAGUCAUUCUUGCUUUGCUCAUUGAGAUUGUAGCUGGUGAGAAGUUGAGUGGCAUUCAUGUCAACCCCACCAGCCAGCAGGAGAUGAGGGAAAAUGUGGAGCUAGUCUUACAGUUUGUGGCAUCAAAAAAGAUCCGCAUGCAUCAGACAUCAGCAAAAGAUAUUGUUGAUGGGAACUUGAAAUCUAUCAUGAGGUUGAUCCUGGCCUUAGCCGCUCAUUUCAAACCAGGUUCCGGGAGAACAGUGAAUCAUAGCCCUGCUGGCAUGGCAGGGAAGAGCUGCUCAGCACCAUCUGCGAGUCACAGGCCUCGCUCAGCUGCUGCAGUGGCCCAAGGGGCGGUGGCUGCUCUGGCAGAUGUUCGUCAAGAUGUCUUGCAAUCCGGCCGGGAUGUUUUCCGGCACAGACAGAGAAAUAGCAGCAUGGAUGAGGAGAUUGAAAAUCCCUAUUGGAGUGUCCGGGCACUAGUACAGCAGUAUGAAGGGCAGCAGAACAUGCCACUGGAGUCCCACUGUUCCAGUCUUACAUCUUCCAGUCCUGUCCAUAGUGCGAAGAGCGAAUCCACUGUAGCCCCAUCAGAGGAGAAGGAAAGACUUGUGAUCAUCCACACUGAAGAAACAGAAACUAAAACAGAAGAGACAGAAUCUCAUUUCCAGCCUGACUGGCAAGCAGGGAACUCUGGGUCAUAUUUGGAGAAUUCAUGGGAGGAGCAGCUUUUGGAACAACAGGACCAUUUGGAAAAGGAAAUGGAGGAAGCAAAGAAGAUGAUUUCAGGUUUGCAGGCUUUGUUGCUCAAUGGGUCUUUACCUGAGGAUGAGCAGGAAGGGUCCUUUGAACUUUGUGAACGUGGAGCCUGCCCCGAAGAGCAGCUGAUCAUAAUCCGAAGUCGCCUGGACCAGAGUGUGGAAGAAAAUCAAGACCUAAAGAAGGAGCUAUUGAAAUACAAACAAGAAGCUCGAAACCUACAGGGAAUAAAGGAUGCUCUACAGCAAAGGCUGAUUCAACAGGAUGCUUCGGUUCUUCAGCUAAAGCAGGAAUUGCUGAGAGCAAACAUGGACAAGGAGGAAUUGCACAACCAGAAUGUUGACCUUCAGAGGAAGGUUGAAGAGAGAAACCGGCUACUGGCAGAAUACAAAAAAGAACUGGGCCAGAAGGAUCGGCAUUUACAGCAGCGUCAGACCAAACUGGAUGAAAUGCUUAGGCAGCUUUCUGAAGCCAGCUACCAACAGGUGGAUUUGGAGCGGGAGCUGGAGCACAAAGACGCCUUGCUAGCUCACUGUAUGAAGAGAGAAGCUGAAGAGGUGAUGGCUUACAGUGGUCAUAGUGCUCAGAGCAAUGGCUUCCUCCAGGCAGCAGGGAAAGGAGCUGCUCCCAUGACCCACCGAGGGACAAAUGACUUGCAGCUGGUUCGUGAUGCCCUUCGCAGCCUCAGGAACAGUUUCAGUGGCCAUGAUCCACAGCACCACACCAUUGACAGCUUGGAACAGGGCAUUUCCAGCCUGAUGGAACGGCUGUACCGCAUGGAAACACAGAAGAGGCAAGAGAGAAGGAUCCGGGGGAAAUCACCGGCAAGCAGAGCAACAAAUAAGUGUAGAGACUCCUGGCCUCCCAAAUCCAAGCUGCCUCAUUCUCACAGCACACCCGUGAUGAACACCAGUGCCUGCACCAAAGUGUUGUACUUCACUGACCGCUCCCUCACACCUUUCAUGGUCAACAUACCAAAGAGGUUAGGGGAAGUGACUCUGAAGGAUUUUAAGGUAGCUAUUGAUCGUGAAGGAACCCACCGGUACCACUUCAAAGCCCUGGAUCCAGAGUUUGGCACGGUUAAGGAGGAGGUAUUCCAUGAUGAUGACAUCAUUCCUGGUUGGGAGGGGAAAAUUGUGGCCUGGGUGGAAGAAGACCAUGGGGAGAAUUAAUCAAGCUUUUAAGUCUUGUCACUAUGGAAAUGUGUAACUGGCUGCUGAGCUCAAAGAAUGACCAAAAAGCAUGUGUGCUGGAAGGAGUCCAAUUCAAGCUGCCAAAAAAGAGGGCUUCUCUACAAACAACGGGUAAUGCAUGUUGUGUGCAUGCCACCUGGCAUCUGACUUUCCAUGGCCAAAUGUGGACAGUGUUCUGAGACUGAAAUGACAGGUCUGUGGGAAAGAAACACCUUGCUUUGUCCUGUCAACUAAACCCCAAAGGCCUUAAUGAUACAUUACUCCCUUCCCCAGCUUCUCCAUUCCUGCAAUAUGUGCUGCAGACUGUGAUCUGGGCAUUUCAAGUCUGCUUUCUUGUACAUGGUAUUACAUAAAUCUGCACUGAUGGCAAAAAUGUGAAGCUUUGCCUUCAUGAAUCAGAAGAAGCUGCUAGAUUAUGCGAGCUGAAGGUUUGACCAACUUCAGUCCUGGACGUAGACAUGCUGCAGGAGCAGAGUGGACAUUCCAGAAUGCCAGUAUAGAAGUUUGACCUGGGGAGGGAAGACAGUCUUCUGGAGGUUUUAUGCAUGGUCUAAAGUAAAGAUCACCAGCUUGGCAAAGCUCCCUUUCUCCCAACUCAGGCUUCCGUUUCCUAGUCCUGCUUUUUCCCACUUGCUCUCCAAAGCUGUACUCACUUCUGAGGCCCUUUGGGUUUGCUUUGUUGCCAUGGGAACUGUGGGAUCUUGGUGCUUGCUUAUUUGCUGAAGGAUUUCAUUUGCAGGGGAGCUGGAAUCAGCUGCUUCCCUAAGGUACUUACAAACCCCUCUCCUUGUUGGACUGCUUUCCCCGCAUUCAUGCCCUCUACUCUUUUACAGCAAGGCAGACAGUUUGUCACCUCCUGUGCAUAGGCAUCACUGUGCUGCUGUCCACUCAGUGCCAGGGCCACCAAAAACUUAUCCACACCAGUAGGAGAGAAACCCCAUCAGUUACACCACCAGUUCCCUGGUAUGCCUGCUCCUGGGGUGCCUGAAGGAUCAGGAAAUAAAUGACUGCUUGGGAAAGAACAAGCCCUAAAAAUCCCUGAGAGUGGGUGUUUCUUUUU